CUUCUUGAGCCUUGGCCAUGGGAGAGCGCAGAACUGUUUGAUCCCCGCGCAGACUGCAAUGCUGAGGUUCCGUGUCUUAUUGUUAUCUUUGGGGCAUCUGUGAGCCAUAAUUUGUCGACAAAACAUCCCUUUUAUGUGGGAUUGAUAAUAUUGAUUGGUUCUUUGUUGUUUGGGUUUUAAUAUUGAGAAGCUUUGAGAAUGGCGGCUGAAGAAGAUAAAAAGGAUGAUCUUUACGCGGUGCUGGGGUUGAAGAAGGAAUGCACUGCUUCUGAGCUGAGAACUGCUUACAAGAAGCUUGCUUUGAAAUGGCACCCGGAUCGUUGUUCAGCUCUGGGAAAUCCAAAGAGUGUAGAGGAGGCCAAGAAGAAAUUCCAGGCCAUUCAGCAAGCUUAUUCUGUGCUUGCGGACACAAAUAAAAGGUUUCUGUACGAUGUAGGAGUCUACGAUUGUGAUGAUGAUGACGACGAAAAUGGAAUGGGUGAUUUUCUUAACGAAAUGGCUGCUAUGAUGAGCGAGAAUAAGACCAACGAAAACCAGGGGGAGAGCUUCGAGGAGCUGCAGGAGCUGUUCGAGGAGAUGUUCCAAAGCGACAUAGAGGCGGCGUUUUCCUCUCCUUCUCGAACUGCCACACCAUCAGCGUGCUCUUCCUCGUCCUCUGCAUCCUGCAGCGAGACCUAUUUCAACAUCUCGACCAAGAGAAGCUCUGACGAAAUGAGCAAUCCCAGCAGAUUCAAGUCAGAGUGCAACGAAUUCGACAGAUUUUGCAUGGGGACAGGUGGCGCAGGAACACGCCAAGAAGGGGAAAGGAGCAGGCGAAAGAACACAAGGAGGAACAAGAAUAUCUGAAUUUGGCAACACCAACAAAGGCAGAAAGUUUCAUUUGCCUCCUGACUUGGCUAACUUGGAUUUUUAGCUGAAUGCAAGGAAACCCCUUUUUCUUAGGUUGUAAUGGCAUGUAAUAUCUGUGGGGAAUCAAUCCUUCAUGAUUCCAUGUUAUGUUUGUUUUUUUUUUUUUUUUUUUGGGUUGUAACAUGUGAAUUUGUCUGAACUAUGAAUUCAUUUCAUUGGAAUCUGGUGGUGGGACCUUUCUGCAAUGUGUACUUUCAUUUGUGUCAUGGUGUCAGUCCUGAUGUAAAGAAACAACCAAAAGUGAAAUAAUUCACCAGCAACAUAGUUUCAUGA